UGGACUAUGAAAGGAGUUCUGUGCCCGUUCAAUUUUGUCAGAUUUUGCCACCAUGCAAAUUGUUGGGACUACAAACAGCAAUGCACUGACAGCAAUAAGAAAAGCACAGGCUCACUCACCCAAACAGGUUAUGAACAGACGAUAGAAAAAGUUUAACAUAAUGAAAAUAUUGAAAAACUCGGUUCAAAAAGUGCUACACCCAGCUCAUUCGUGGAAAAUGAGAAUUCACCACCAAAAAGUGUCUUUUCUGUUCUCACUGGAUUAUUUCAGAGAAUUUGAUUCCCCUCUGUAUUGUCUUGUAGCAACUUAAGAAUAAAAACAAAUCUUACCUUUUGAGCAAACGAACUUCUCUUAGGAGACUGACUUGGUUUAAGGACUAAGUGCAAGAUUACAUUAAGGGUACCGACACAGACAGAACAAACACACAGCCACGUGAGGUGCGUUCCCAGCACCGUGAAUCCCUCCAGGAAGAAAGACGGAACGACCGCCGUCAGGACAAUCGACAGCGCACAGAGGAGGUUGGCAGCCAGGAGCCUCCUGAUUUCUGCCUCUUUCAUCGUGUUCCCCGGGAAGGGACCACCCGCAGGACACCGAGUUAACCCGCUACGGAAACGCGGCGGCAGCGCCACAGGGCAACAUCUUUCCUACUCGCGAUACACCAGGCAAAGCCCUGAGCCUGGCUUUUGGGUCAGAAGAACGUCAAUCACUUUAAAAAAAUCAAGGGCAGCCCCUGGGAGCGGCAGCCCCAGGCCCUGCGGGGUGAGGGGCGGUGGCGCCGCUCCCGCCUCUGACCGGGAGCGCCCGGGGCCGCCCGGCAGCGGAAGGCGGCGGGACCCGACGCCAGAUCCGGGGCGGUGUCGGAAGCGGCGGCUUGUUGUGGUGGGGCAGAGAUGGUGUGCGAGAAGUGCGAGAAGAAGCUUGGUACGGUGAUCACUCCUGACACAUGGAAAGAUGGUGCAAGAAACACUACAGAAAGCGGUGGCCGCAAAUUAAAUGAAAACAAGGCAUUGACCUCAAAGAAGGCAAGAUUUGAUCCUUAUGGAAAGAACAAGUUUGCAAUAUGUCGGAUCUGUAAGAGUUCUGUCCAUCAGCCAGGGUCUCACUAUUGUCAAGGAUGUGCCUAUAAAAAGGGCAUCUGCUCAAUGUGUGGCAAGAAGGUCUUGGAUACGAAGAACUACAAGCAAACUUCAGUCUAAUUGUAUUGAGUAGUCUUUUUAUGAACUUUAACUUCUGUGUCCUUGUACAGUAACUUUUCCCUAAAAUAAUUUGUGAAUAAUACUUUUUGGAAGAUAAUGCAGUUACUUGGAAUGAGAUGAGAGGUAAAGACAGCCUGAUGGUUUGCCUAAGAAUGUACAUAAUAUUUGAUUCUUGUUUUAGCAUUAAUGUUAGCUGAUAUUGAAAGCUAAUGGUUUGCAGUGACUGAUAGAGUUCAAAGGGAAUGAGAAGAUCCUGGUGGAUAGGUUGAAACUAUGUUACCAUCAUAAGAGAGAUUUUUGAGAUUAACACUUUUAUUCUUUUGGCCUAUCACUAGUCUUCUGCUUGUUUCACAGUUAUAUUUUAUAGAUGUAUAAAAUAUGAGCUUGUAUCACCUCAUUAAAAUAUCUUCAUUCAGUUCUAUA